GGAACAUUGAAAUAAACUGGUGGAAUAUUUUAACAUGGACAUGUAAAGCGUAAAAAAGAAGAUGGACCAUGAAGACAGGAAGGGGAUGUCCAUGUGUCUCUCGCAGGUACUUGAGGACAUCGGAGUCAACAGGCGUACAAUUGCCAAAAGGAGAAGUACAUGGCUGGAAUUAGAGACAAUGCGAACAGUCAUCACAGAAAUCUCUUUGUAUCAUUUUGGAAGCCAGAGUGAGGGGACUACAACACCUGGCAUGAUGUCAGACAUUGAUACAUUGUUCUGCUUAAAUAAUAUGCCUGUGAUACUUGACUGGAGUGAAUGGAAGGAAGGGAAGCCUCAUCUUCUAGUGAUAAAGACAGAGGAGUCCCCACCCCAACAUUGUUGGCUGCAGGAAUUGAGGCGUGAUCUUCCAUUACCCGAGUUACAGGCAGAUAGUCCAAGCAAACUAAAAGACAGAGCAGGUAGAGUGUUAAUCACAAACACCCAGGUGGAACGUCAUCAUUUUCUUCGAAAAAGUACUGUUUCAGGACAAGUAUUCCAGCAUGGCCCAUCUAUGAGCUGGGAUUAAGCCACAGAUGUUGUUGCAGCCUAUCAUUGUGUCAGUCUUCCAGAGGAGUGUAAUUUUGUUUUCCAAAGACCCCGUCCUGGACAUUGGCCAAUACCUGACACAUUGGCCAAGGCCAAGAAGACUGGGGUAUUUUUGGUGCCACAGGGAUACAGUGAGUCGCCUUCAAAACGAACAAUAUGUCGCUCUACUGCACUCCAUGUCACCCCAUAUGACCCAUACUAUCCAAUUUCAAAGCGAGAAUGGAGGUUUUCUACCUCUAUGAUGGAAAGAUUGCUGGUGUUUGACUGGAACACAAUACAAAUUAAAGUGUACGUUAUUGUAAAAAUAAUUCGAAUAACAUUCUUCAAGCCCAUAGUUGGAGACCGUCUAAGUACAUUUCACAUAAAAACUGCUAUGUUGUUCACCACGGAGGCAUAUCCACCCGAGAUAUGGAGGGAGGACAAUAUUGCACAGUGUGUGAUUUACUGUCUGGUUACACUUUGCAGAUGGCUUAAUAUCAAAUUUUGUCCACACUACACGAUUGCAGAAGUCAACCUUUUUACUGGAAAGCUGUUCAGUCAUGAAAUUACCAUUAUUGCCGAAACUAUAACCAGCAUGAUAGGCUCAAAUCUACAAUGCAUUUAUUUAAUUGAGAUGGACUUACUUGGAGCAAGAAUGUCAACACUGAGCUCUGGUUUCAGGAUGAAUGAAAGUAGGUCCUGGAGAAGGAGCAGUCAAAUCAACAUAUUAAAUGUCAGUGUCCAACGAUAUUCAAUAAUUCUUCAUUCUUUAAUAACAUCGCUGGUAGUAAUACAGAAUAACCUUAAAGCCGUGUCUCUAUCUCAAUUCAUCGAUAGACUGGUCCACAUAUCAGAGCAAGGAACGGCUCUACAACAAGAGGCAGCCUCAGUUCUUAUUCCUUCUUUGCGUUGUACACUUUCUUCUGUCCUUGCCUCAAGAUGCAUAAACCAGGGACAACCAAUCACACCGGAUAUUCUACACUUGUACCAGCUUUCCUUUGAUUCUGACCUAUUGUCCAGUAGACUGAAGUUUGCCUCCAUGUUGUACUGCUGUGGACAAUAUGAGGCAGCGGCAAAUUGUCUGACCUACUGUGAGGGACUGCUGGGGCCGGGCGUGUGGCAAUUUUGCAGUUGUACAAAUACAUAUCCUGAAAAACCUAAUAAAAAGUACCUGGAAAAUGCGCUUAAAAAAUCAAACACAACAAUCCUUAGAAAGUACACAUACUUUUGCAUAAAUUUCACAAGACAUGAAAUGUGUUGUAUCCCACAAUUCCUUGUGUUUGAAAUGUUCAGAACAAUAAGUGAGGAGGACAGACAACAUCCAUUACACUACGAGUGGAUGGAUAUAGUAGCAGUUGACUGUGAACCUUUCCUCCAUUACCUUCAGUUCCUCACAUAUAGGCAUCUCAACCAGCAUGACCAAACACGAAAGCAAAUGCUAAAACUAGACAGUUUCAUAGAGAAUAACUUUGGCCGUGGUCACUUUGACACUACCCUAAACAUGCUUGGUCACUGUUUUGAAUUACUAGAUAUGCGGGAUAAAGCCUGGAUGUACUACGGGAAAUCACUACAACUAUACCCCCAAAACAACGCUGCCAACUGGCAUGUGGCCAGGCUUGUGCAUCGAAGGUUUACAAAGGAAAACAAACUAGCACUUGGAGGAAACCCGCAUGGUUCAACAUCGUAACAUUUAAACAGCUGCGCUCACCCAAUGCAUUAAACUAGUCAAUAGGUUUAGCUAUACCCUUGAAGCGACGCUGCCAGUUGGCAUUUGUCCGGACUUCUGCAAGUAACAUAGUGAGGAAACCGACCAGUACUCCCGCUUGUUCAAAAUGGUUCUUAAUAAAUUUGAACAUGGUCACAUUGACACAUGCUGGUCCCGUGCAGUGAACUGGUAACUAGGAUUAACUUUACUCUUGAAACCAUGCUGUCAAUUGGCAUUUGUCCAGACUUCUGCAGCAAUCAAGCAGGAACUGACCACGCUUGACCAUGAUGUAAAAUUGUGUCGAAGAUAGACAUGAAAUGGACAUGCUACUUGAAUAAUUAAAACCAAGAUGGUUAUAUCGACUCGAGAUGGUGAAAGCAAAUGUUUACAUGUAUUUAUAUAGAUAAAAACUACUAUCCACUUUUUAUAACACCUGUAGUAUGAGCAAAGUGAACUAUAUUUGUAUUGAAAAUGAUUCAUUUAGUGCAAGCAAUUGAAGUUUAUCGUGGUUUGAAUAGUAUAAAUGGGUGAAAAUUGAUCUAAAAGUAAUUGAUUUCAAAUCAAACGCUUCGUGAAAGAUUUGAUUAGUUUUGUUUUCAGUGGGAUGGCUUACACCCACUGGACAAAAUAUGGCAUCCAAAUGUCACAAAAGAUUUCAGCGGACUGAAUUCUAAAUAAAAUAACUUCAAUUAAAUAACAUGGGCUAAUAUCUUUUUAUGAUUGUUUCAAAUUUAUAUAACAUCUGUCGAACACAUACAACUGCUUGUGUUUUUCUUUCGGCAAGUAUUUUGUUUAGGUGUUACGACUUUACUUUUUUCAAUUGACAUUCCUUUAAAGUGAGAGGUGUAAUAUAAAAAUGACAUGUUAAAUAUAAUACCUCCUCUAAGCAAUACUUUCCAAAGUUUUUCCCUAUCAAGCUAGAUAAAUUAUUCAGUUUUUUGCCAAACACACAUCGACAAAGCUGUUAUUCCCUUGUAUAUUUUGCUAUAUCAAUGUAUAUGAUUACCUUUAAAGUUAUACUUUUGAGAGAACUAACCAUUUUACAGUGGUAUAUUAACUAGUGGAACCGUACGCGGGUGGACUGGUCGUACAGCUUGGAAAACUUGUUGAUAUUAUCACUGUUUUUCGAUGCCCUAGUCCAAUUUUACUAUUUGUAAUUGUAUGCAUGAUUAUGAUAACGAAUGGCUUUUGUAAAUACUUGCUCCGAUAUGUUUUCAUUUCAACAUAUAUGCUUUUAUUUCCAGGUCACAAGCUCAUUGUUAUUUUUUAUAUGUUAUGUAAUGUUUCUUGUAAAC